AUCAUUCCUCCAGUUUCAGACUUCAUAGAGAAACAGAGAAAAGAGAGGGAGAAAAUAAAGGGAAGAAGAUGUUUUUCCACAUAGUAUUGGAACGAAACAUGCAAUUGCACCCUCGUCACUUUGGCCGUAAUCUCCGCGAAAACAUCGUGACCAAGCUCAUGAAAGAUGUAGAGGGCACCUGCAGUGGACGACAUGGGUUUGUGGUCGCAAUAACUGGUAUAGAGAAAGUCGGACAAGGAUUGAUUCGCGAUGGAACAGGGUUUGUGAGUUUUCCUGUGAAGUACCAGUGUGUUGUCUUCAGGCCAUUUAAAGGGGAGAUAUUAGAAGCUGUUGUUACCAUGGUGAACAAGAUGGGAUUCUUUGCUGAAGCUGGGCCUGUGCAAAUUUUUGUUUCAAACCAUUUGAUACCGGAUGACAUGGAGUUCCAGCCAGGAGAUACGCCCAAUUAUACAACUUCUGAUGGAUCUGUUAAAAUUCAGAAGGACAGUGAAGUACGUUUAAAGAUUAUUGGCACCCGAGUAGAUGCUACAGAAAUUUUCUGCAUCGGUACCAUUAAGGACGACUUUCUGGGUGUGAUAAAUGAUCCUACAGCGACAGUUUAGUCAAGUUGUUGACUAGUUUUUUUAUUACAUGGGAUUACACGGUUUCCUUGUACGUGUUUUUUUUUUUGAUAAGCAUGGUUUCCUUGUACUUGCUUUUGCUUUUCCUGUUGUAUAGUAAGUACCUGGAGCAUCGAUCCUUAGCUUUUGUUUUCAAUUAGGAGGCACUUGUAUUUAUUCUUGUUAAGAUGUUAUCCAGGCUACCUUGAAGCAAAACAAAACAUUCAAGCAACUUUGUAAUUUUUUCCCCAUCUCGGGGUUAGGAAUUGAGGAAAUGUUUGGAUUGAGAGGCA